CUUAGAUCUCUUCCCUCCCACCCAUCGCCUCCUCCUUCCGCCUACCGCCAUACAUACAAACAAAAAGCACAGCCCUUGCAGCCCGCCACCAAGCUCCGUUUUCGUUCGGUGAUGAAGGUCCCACUUCGCAGAAAUAUGUUGUUUAUUAUUAUUCUUACUGUUAUAGAUAAAUAAAAACCUUCACCAUUAUCCCUUGUCUUCUCCACAAUCCUCACCCAUAUUUCAGAAAUAAACGAUCCACACAAUCCAGAGGAUCAUCGGCUACCUCGCGUUCUACUUCCCCUCAGUCAUUCUCCGUUCCUAGUUCAUACCCUGCUCCUUUUCGCCAUCUGGGUAUCCCCGAGAUCUCAAUUUUUCGUAUUGAUUAAUAGCUGGGGAUCCUUAUUUGUGGGUGUUUUUUAUUCGUUUUGCAUCUGGAUACGCUGCAUCCUUCCAGACCUGUUUAAAAUAUUCUUUCCAUUCAUUGUUCUUGAUUUGAAGUUGUGCCCCUUCCGAAAGUUUCGUGCUUCGUCCGGAAGGGAUCUGACUGUCGGCGGUGGGUUGGUGUAAGCUGCGCUGCACCGAUUCCUUGUUGUUGGGUUCUGUAAAUGGGCGCUUUAGAUGAGGGGCGUUUCCAUGCGGUGCUUGCCAACGGAGUGAAACUAGAGUGCCCUUUGCAGCCGCAGGGGAUUGAGGGUCAACCCGAGACUUUGGCCAUUCAGGAUGCUGUCAAAGUCCUUUUACAAGGUCUGGGAGAGGAUAUCAAUAGAGAAGGAAUCAAAAAGACUCCAUUUCGGGUUGCCAAGGCCCUGAGAGAAGGCACUAAAGGUUAUAAGCAAAAGGUGAAAGACAUAGUUGAGGGGGCUUUGUUUCCUGAAGCUGGUUUGGAUGCUGCAGUGGGACAUGCAGGGGGUGUUGGGGGCCUUGUUGUUGUCCGGGAUCUUGAUCUCUUCUCCUACUGUGAGUCAUGCCUGCUUCCUUUCCAAUUCAAGUGCCACGUUGGUUAUAUUCCGUCUGGUCAGAGAGUUGUAGGGUUAAGCAAGCUUUCUAGGGUGGCUGAUGUCUUUGCAAAGCGACUCCAAGACCCGCAGCGCCUAGCAAAUGAAGUCUGUUCAGCUCUUCAUCAUUGGAUCAAGCCAACAGGUGUGGCCGUGGUGCUCCAAUGCCGGCACAUUUGUUUCCCGAGCUUAGAGUCAUUCCUUGUGGACUCUAAUCGCCAGGGAUGGUCGAAGGUUUUGGUCCGCUCAGGUUCAGGUGUUUUUGAAGAUGAUAGGGGUGACCACUGGGGUGAUUUUUUGAGCCUUCUGAAGUUUAGAGGCAUAAACACUGAUAAUACCGAAGACUCUAUAGCUUCAUGGUGUCCAUCGCAAUCUUGCUCGAGUCUAAAAUUAUCUUCUAUAAAUGGACAACUCAACUCAGGAAUGGUUACCGCAGUGGAUUCAAUCAUCAGGUCUUUAGGGGAAGACCCUUUGAGAGAAGAGCUAGUGGGCACUCCAAUUCGUUUCGUAAAGUGGCUUAUGAAUUUUCAGAACACCAGUUUGGAGAUGAAGUUAAAUGGGUUUGUUUAUGGUAGAGGGGUGGAUUCACUUAAGGCUAAUGGGGAACUAGUAGUAAACCAUAAACCAGAGCGGUUGCUGAUCGAGGUAAACUUGUCAUUCUGGUCUCAGUGUGAGCACCAUUUGCUUCCAUUUUAUGGAGUUGUGCACAUUGGGUACUUUGGGUUCAAUCCAAUUCCCAAGGCCCUUCUACAAUCAAUUGUGCAUUUUUACGGUUUCAAGCUCCAAGUGCAGGAAAGACUUACCAGGCAAAUUGCAGAGACUGUUUCGUCCCUGGUAGGUGGAGAUGUGAUUAUAGUUAUAGAGGCUGGCCACACAUGUAUGAUUUCAAGAGGCAUUGAGAAGUUUGGAAGUAGCACAGCCACAAUUGCUGUGCUAGGAAGAUUUUCAGCCGACCCCGGUGCAAGAGCCAAGUUUUUGCAGAGCCUCCCAAAUAGUAGUACUGCGUUCGCAGCAUCUUGAUUGAUUCUAAUUGAAAACCAGAGUUAAAUUUUGGUUCUUUCGCAGAAAUACCAGUGUUAUCUUUUUUGCCAUUUGUGUCUAUCUUUUGGUUUCCUCUUGUGCAAUAAUCAAGCAUGAAGAAUUUGGUGUUCUUUUCUCGAGUUCUCAACCUUAGAUUAUGCAGGUUAAAGUAGCGGAUCUGUCUCUUUAUUGAUUUUGAUCUUCACAGCAAAUUUUCUUGAUAGAUGUCUCUCAAUUGCCAGAAUGUUGCAUUUUUAGAAUAGAAGUUUUGCUUCUGCAUUACUUCACUUCUUUGGAGGACCACUGGCCUCUUUUUGGCAUCGACAGGAUUGAAUGAACUCUUCCUAUGGGCAUGAUUCUAGGGUCAGAUUUCAGUUGCGCGAGUAAAUCAAGUUGGCAGAAUAUUACUUCUUUUCUCGGUUAUUGUUGGAUGAACUGAGGGGCCUCGGUUAGUUGGUCAAAGCCUUAUUCGGCUCGUAAAUCGUAAUAACCAGUGUCAAGCAAG